CGUAAAGAUAUCUCUACGAAGAUUACUUUUCGUAAAAACGGUUAUGCUGAUUUUUACGGACUUUCAGACAUUGAUUCCGUCGUGACCGAUUUUGACCCCAACAGAAAAAAUCCCGAUGAUGCCUCUUACCACAUUCCAUCUCCUCCGAUACAAACAGUUGAUCGACAUAGCCACUGGUACCAACAACUUGCCAGAUGUGGUUGGACAAAUAAGAAUGUUUCAAGGUAACGAUCUCAAAAAUCCGAGGGCAACAACGGAGGUCAGAAUUGGUCUACUACUAAACAGGUCAAAAAUGGUCCGCUUGACAAUAAUAGACAAUGUGUCUGCCCAGUUUAGAGACUUACAUAGCAUGACAGUCAUGAAAUACAAAGUUGUAAUCAUUACAAGCAUCAAUCCCAGAGUAUUUAAAGGAAAACUGAUACUCGCCACAACUCCUGCUACUCGAUUUUACUGUGACAGCACUAUUGAUCUCAUACACAGCUUCAUCCGGAGAAUAAAAGGUAGUAAUCACUCAUGAAGUGGUCAUCUAAACUUUGAGCUGAAGUCUACUACAAUAAUUCUCUCUAUAUUCCUCAUCUCUUAAAAAAAAUAUUUCACUUUCUAUCAAUCAAAGUUUUAUUAAACUUUCAUUUCCAAAAAUUUUUUCAUGUUCUGAAUUUUUUGGGUUAUUAGAUAUUAAAAACUACAACAUUAAACCAUUACUUACAUUAACUUUUUUUUUGUAUUGCUUGCAACAUUUUUUCAUGAUUAGAAUUUCUAGAUUUGGCAAUCUCAAUAGCAGAGAUAGAAGCAAUUUCCAGCAGAUAUAUGGAGUUCCAUGAGGUCUAUGACCACCAAAAGACAAGCCUAUAAGAUUGUUGAACACUGUAGUUUCACAACAACACUAAUAGAGAGUCAGGAACACACACACAAACCAUAUUUAAUUUUUAUGCACCAUAAUAAGCAUACAGGUUGUGAUUGGAAAAAAAUAAAUAUUUGACCACCAAAUAAUUCUCUCCUCAGCCCAUGAAGCUGUUUUAAAAGCUAAAACCCAACACAAUACUUCUUCUAGAUUUUUUAAGAAAUCACGACUCACAAAAUCUUCUAAGGAUACAUGGUUACAAAUUUUGUAAGGAAUCUUUAUAUAAAAUCCCAUAUUUACGAAAAAUCUUUAUCUGAAAAGGAAGGUAAUAUAUUUCAUCAAAACCAACAUUUACAAUCUUUGACUAUAUCUUUUCAAAGGGAAAAGAAAAAUUCUUAAAAAAAUCAAACUCUCCCAAAAACUCAUAUUUCUCUUGCGUA